AGUGCUACACAUACACACACACACACACACACACAUAUAUACACACACAUACGUACACAUACACAUACACACACACAUAUAUGCACACAAACGCACACACAUAUACAUAUACACACUCACAUAUACACACAUACAAAUACACAUAUAUAUAUAUAUAUAUAUACAUGUGCACACACAUACACACGUACACACUCAUGUAUACACACACGCAUACACACAUGUACACGCAUGCACACAUACACAGACACAUAUAUAUAUAUUCAUCAUGAUGAAAUUUGGUAA